UCUGUUUCUGCAAUGAGUGGGAUAUCGUAGAUUCCAUGCGAUUUGAUUUGACCAGCGUUUGGCUUUUUCUGAACCCCUUGGAUCAAAUCAGACGCAGCUACUUAAUUUGUAUUCCGUUUGAAUGAUAUUAUAAUUGAUUUAACCAUCUCCGUAUAUGUCUUAUUCCAAUAUCCGUAGGUUUUUCGGUAUCUUUAUGAAUUGUGGUAGGACUACCUGGGUUACUUCGCCUAAUUUUCUCGCUAGCUCGUUGCUAACUAGCCUAAUUAUCCGUGAUACAUAAUACCCAUACACCGCUAGGUGUCCAUCCGAGUAACGAAAUAUGGUUUUUGAAUUAACAAGAAAACGUACAAUUUAGUUCGCUAGUUAACUGCCUUAUUUGAUUGUGACGAUAAAAAAUGUUUUUGGGUACAUGUGCCUGGAUAUUGGGGUUUUGAAUGUGUAUGUGUCGUUUUACUAAAGUCAUUAGCAAGAAACAUCUAAUUUACGUUUACAUGGUAGCUACAAAUGUACAACGUUCCACUAUCCCGUCUUCACUAGCCUAUUUCUUUUCUAACACGAAGUGUAGCCUAUCCGCAUUUGAACAACUGACGUCAUACAACAGGAAAACGGUACGAAAACUACAAUCGGUCUUUAGCGCCAUGUAACCAAACAGUCACACAACUGAGAGAAACUCGCCAAACCCCUUCGUAGAUAAUUGGCGAAUAGCUUACUACUUGCAUUGCAAUUGGUUAGAUCGCACGUCAAUUCAAUUAUUAUCCACUCUAUCUACUCGAGAGACUAUUGCCUCGUUGCUAUAGAAUAGUUGUAUUUCAUUAAGUCUUAUUUUCCCUAGUUUCCAUUUCGCGAACCGUUUAUUUAUUAUGUGAUUAAUAAAUAAUACGCAAUGAGCGAUAAUUUCUAGAAGUUGUCUCGCUAGCCGAGGAAAGUAGCAUGGGCCAGUGUUUGACGAUUGAUUAGUGCUGCCUGUGCCUGCAGGAGAGAAAAAUGGCAGCUGAUUCUUGAAUUGUAUUUCUUAUUACCCUUUGACAGCCUAUUGAUAAUUUCAAGAAGUGUUGUCUAACAGUACAACACAGUGAAUUUAUCUACCCACGGUUUUCGAUGUUUGGGAUGGGGUAACGGGGCGUUGAUGAGUUGGGCAGCCGCGUACGGAGCAGUGGGUAUGCCCUGUGGACGCCUGCCCCGGCCCUUUCAGCACAGGUGGCUUUAUCCUGUCCUCAACUAUUUAAAUUGAUAAUCCGGAGAAAUCACAAUGGAAUCCAACAGUUCCUGUUUUGCACCCGUUCCCAAUGAUUAAGGAACACGACAGUGGGGCGAGUGACGGCAGUAUCCACCUAACCACUGAAAUACGUGUACACUAGUGUACACUGUUUGCUGUUUCACAAGACGCUGGCUGUACUACAGUAUGUAGACGGCAGUGUUUCCCCUUUUAGUUUUUGCAAAUGAAAAUGGAGGAAAUGUCUCUGUCAGGCCUGGACAACACCAAGCUGGAGGCCAUAGCUCAUGACAUCUACUCAGACCUGGUGGAGGAUGCAUGCCUGGGCCUGUGUUUUGAGGUGCACCGGGCAGUCAAGCAAGGGUACUUCUUACUUGAUGAGACUGACCAAGAGAGCAUGAAGGACUUUGAAAUUGUGGACCAGCCAGGGGUGGACAUAUUUGGGCAGGUGUACAAUCAGUGGAAGAACAAGGAAUGUGUGUGUCCCAACUGCAGCCGCAGCAUUGCGGCCUCACGCUUUGCCCCACACCUGGAGAAGUGCCUGGGAAUGGGCCGGAACAGCAGCCGCAUCGCCAACCGCAGAAUAGCCAGCAGCAACAAUAUGAAUAAAUCAGAGAGUGACCAGGAGGACAACGAUGACAUCAAUGACAAUGACUGGUCAUACGGGUCAGAAAAGAAAGCCAAGAAGAGAAAGUCAGAUAAGAAUCCAAAUUCUCCCAGAAGAUCAAAAUCCUUAAAACAUAAAAAUGGGGAAAUCAGUAGCAGCGUCAACGCUGACCCCUACAAGUACAACUAUAACUCGGGCAUCAAUUACGAAACCUUGGGGCCGGAGGAACUGAGGUCUUUGCUAACGACGCAAUGUGGUGUGAUAUCAGAGCAUACCAAGAAGAUGUGCACACGGUCACUGCGGUGUCCCCAGCACACGGACGAGCAGAGGAGGACCGUGCGGGUGUUCCUCCUGGGGCCAGCCGCGUCGGCGCUGCCCGAUAUGGAUGGGGUUGAGGAGAGUGAUGGGUACGAUGCCCCCGAUGGACAGGCACUGAUGAGCCGUCUACACUGGGAUGGGUCUUCAGACAUCUCCCCCUCUGAUUCGGCCUCCUCGAAAGCAAGCACCAACAAUUCUGACUCCAAAAAGCCUAAGAAGAAGAAGCCGUCUCUGGGUCUGAACAGUGCUGGAGGAGGCGGAGGCGGGGGCGUUGGUGGGGGCGGAAGCAGCUGCUCGCAAGGAGGCCUGGGCCCCUCAAACCGAAAGAAAAAACCCAAACUGGCCACGGCCCCCAGCACCAGCAUCUACGAUGACAUGAACUAGCAUGCGCACCACCCUCCUUACCCCUCCCCACCCCAGCACAGCACUUGCUCGAGACCCGAGGUGGGCGUGGACGAGUGUGGCAGCGACGGCCAAGCAAGGUUUUUAUCUACAUCCUGACCUCCGACCCCUUAAGGCACAUGAAAACCCACCUCUUCCAUUCUGCAACAUUGUUCACUGUCACCACCUGUUUACCUAACAGUAGCCAGACACCCCCACAAGGAAGCCACACUUCUUACUUCAUGUCCUGUGGAAUUCCAUCCUGACAGAAACACAGGCGGAAGGGGGAGGUGGGGGUUGUUGUAGAUGUGUUUCCACCUUGGGUCACACUAGAUCAAAUCACUGGGGGUAAUGAGUGUACUGUCCAGACCUGGAUUCACAGGAGGUUCCUCAAGUUGUAGAUCUGAAUUAGGUCUUGUCUGGCAUCUCGCUGAAACAGUGAGAAUGUGUAUCUGCACAGGGGGAAACUACAGUUCGAAACGAGAACCAUUCAAACACGCUGGUUCUGAAUCCGCCUCCUUGCACGGGUUAUUAUCCAUAAUGUACCAAUGGCGUUUUCUCUGUGUUUUUAUUUCUACUUUUUUUUGUAAGACAUGGAAGUAAUUCUGGAAAAGGUGAAUGGAUGUGAACAGUUCACAAAGGGACAGUUUUAAUCUCAUGACCAUUGGAUCAUUCCUUAAGAUACAAUCAUUGUGCUUUUCAUUUCGAUUGCACUGUUUCAAAGUGUAGGACCAAUCCAAAAUACUGAUGGCAUUGAAACUCAUUAAGCUGAUGUUUUGUUAUACCUUUAUUUUUUUUUGUUGAUGUUUUGAAAUGAGAAAGAAACCCUAAGACUCAACUCAGCGUGGUGCUGUUAGUAUCCCUGGGGCCGCUGGACGAGGCGGUCCAAGAAAGCGCGGCACAAAAGCUUUCGUACUUUGCCAUUGGCCGUACAUAAGCGUCCUCCAACGGGAAUGCUGAUGCGUGGUAGGUGAGUGUGGCCAUUUGGGACAACGUGUUGCACAUAGGUGUUUGAGGACUCGGUGUGCGAGUGUACCAUUGAGUGUCUGUGAAGCUGCUUUUGGUUUGCAUGUCGGUGUGUGCGCGCGUGCAGGUUUACAUGCAUGUCUCUGAGCAUGCCGUUGUACGUGUGCGUGUAUUUGGGUCAUCCAUACGCAUCUGUAAGGGUGCCGCUGUGUAUGUGUACGUGUGAGAGUAUUUGGAGGUUUACGUGUACCAGUGUAAUCUGAUUAUGCCACUGUUUGGAUGUCUGUGAGAAGGUGUGGUGGUAUUCGUGUACCUGUGGGUGAGCGUAUUGGUGUGUCUGCACUUAUAGGUGUGUAUGGGUAUUGUGGUUUUUGUGCCUACCCGUGUGUGCGCGUGUAAAAGAAUCAUGAAUCACUAUUUUGACACACGCAGUCUCACCACUGCUUAUUGCAAAAUAAUGUUACACAGUAGUCUGCAUCAACUUGCUUUGUGCAUAAUGCGUCUCAAAAAUGAUCAGCGUUAAAACACUUGUGCUUGUGCACAUUGCUGGAAGUUUAAUGCUGUGUCUCUAUACCUCAAGUUUGAGAACGUUGACAUGAUCACUGUAGCAUGAAACUGCGUUUUUUUCUGAGUAAUCUUCCCCAGGGUUCUGUGGUACCAAAAGGAAAUGCCUUUCUCCCUUUGUAAUUCAGUUCAUAGUCUCUCAUUGCUGCAAACAAGAGACUAGCCUUUUUGUUUUACAAAUGCAUUACACUCACUAUUUCUUUCAGCCACCCAGGCUGCAGAAGUGCAGCCUAUUAUGGGCUUUUGGUUUUGGCUUUAGGGCAAAAGGAUAUUUUUCUCAAAAAUAAUUGUGUGCGAUUAUAGCAGGCUGGUCAGGUUUUCAUGUAAUGAGUUUGUCUGUAGUUGCCCCUUUCAAAGACGUUUAUUGAAAUGACAUUUUUUGACUUUAAACACAGCUAAAUCAAAGCUGAGAACUUGUUUUUUUUAAGGCACUAUGCCUUGAAGGGACUAUUUGGCCAGAAGAAUGGGGAAGGCCUCUGUGUUAGCGAUGCUUACUGUGUGUUGCUUGGCGACGUGACGUGACGAGUUCCGUCACCUCACCCUGGUCUCAAGUCUAUAUGAUGGUAUUGGAAGCGAGACCAAAAAACAGCCGAUGUGAAACAAGGCUUCCCCCCCCUCCCCCGCACACACAUGAGUAUGUGCAUGUGUUUGUGUGUAUACGGACUCCAUGAUGUACAGCCAGCUUAUUUGUUCAAAGAAAUUUUUGAUUUGUCUCAUAGUGUACUGUGGAUGCCUUUUCAUGUAAAUAAAAUCAAGUGUCCGUCA